AUGGCGGCGGCUCCACCAAUCAGAAUACUGUUCGCAAUUCCACGGCGGAUGCUGUCGCUGACAUCGAAUCGGAAUGUUAGGUUCCGUUCCAGCAAUCCCGGGCACACAAUAAAAGCAAUUGGCAGACUUGUGGAUCCAAUCGAAUCGGACACUUUAUACGAUCCAGGACAGCUUUUUAUUCACAAAACAUUCGCAUACAAAGGAGUUGUAGUAUGUGCUUUCAAAUGCAGAUUCCAGGAGAAGAAAAGCAAUUCUAGUGACCGGUCCAUCUCGCAAGGUAGAUACUACCAAGUUCUCAUCGACAGAGGUGAUUGGGGUCACAUGGGAUUUCCUGUGGAUUUGACUUCAUAUUUAAUGGAUGGUACCACACGUGGAGAAAAGCUUCUCACUCUAAUUAACGGUAUGGAUUGUGUAUCACACUAUGACAUUCUUCCAUUCGCUACGUCCGAACGAGACCCUCUUGAUCAUGAUUUGUUCCACAGAAUAUUCGACGUUACUGAAGAGGGAAAAGAAUUCAAGAUCACCAUGAAAGCGAAUCUCUUUGAGAAUUACAUGGCUUCGCAACGGUCA